CAGUGGUGUUCGGUUCAGUUCAUUUGUCAUCUUUGUUGUACAUGUGUACAACAAUCCAACAUUGUUGAACUUCACUGAUAUAAACACACUUUUAAAACCACGUGUGUUUGUUUAAACAUUUUUUGUUUAUUUGAGAUGAUGAUUUCGUAAUUAAUUAUUUGAACAUUCAGUGUUGAUUUUUGUUUAUUUGUUUUUAAAUUGUCCAAAGAUUAAUACCUAAUUCAACACAUUCACCAUGACAUGUGUGGAUCAUAAUUCGAAGAUGAAAAUGUAUGUAACAAGCAUAUUUUUCAUAAUUAUUGGAAUAAUAUUUACCAUAAUUGGUAUGAUAUUAGUAUUAACAUGGCCAUCAUUAUUUGAUUACAUAUUACAUAAUCAAUUAUCAUUAACACCAGGAUCUAAAACAUUCAAAAUGUGGCAAAAGAAUCCAAUACCAUUAUAUUUAGAUUUUUAUUUUUAUAAUUGGACGAACGCAAAUGAAUUGAAAAAUCCAAAUGUGAAGCCUAACUUUGAACAGAUUGGUCCUUAUCGUUUUAAAGAGGAAAAAUUUAAAGUAAAUAUAACAUGGAAUUCAAAUGACACCGUUAGUUUUAAGCAACAACGAUAUUGGUAUUUUGUGCCAGAAGAAAGUAAUGGCGCAUUGGAAGAUGUAAUUACAACAAUUAAUGUAGUGGCAGUUACAGCAGCUUUUCAAACUCGAUAUGAAGGAUACUUUACACAACAAGGCUUAUCAUUGACAUUAUCCGCAAUAGCAGAUCUUACCGUUGAUCGAUCAAUCAGUCAAUUAUUAUUUGAAGGAUACGAAGACCCGUUAAUUAAUAUGGCAAAGACAAUGGAAAAUUUGCAACAUCUAGAAAUUCCACCAUAUGAUAAAUUUGGUUGGUUUUAUGAGCGUAAUGGUACACGUGAUUUUGAUGGUGUAUUUAAUAUGGGAACUGGCGAAGAAGAUCCAACAGACUUUGGUGUAUUGAAGAAUUGGAACUUUAACAGCCGCACCAGAUUCUAUAAAAAUGAGUGCAGUAUGGUAAAUGGUUCUGCUGGAGAAUUUUGGCCAAUAAAUCCAGAACCAACAGAGAUUACAUUAUUUUCAAAUGAUUUAUGCAGAAGUAUUACCUAUGAAUAUGAGAAAAAUGUGUCUGUUGAAGGUUUAAAUGGAUAUAAAUUUACUGCUGGUGAUAAACUUAUGGAUAAUGGUACUAUGUAUCCCGAAAAUAAAUGUUUUUGUAAUGGGGAAUGUGUUCCAUCUGGUUCAGUAAAUGCAUCGGCAUGUCGUUAUGGUGCUCCAGCAUUUGUUUCUUUCCCACAUUUCUAUAAUGCUGAUUUGUCUUACACAAAUAAAAUUGAAGGAAUGCAUCCACAAAAAAAGAAACAUAGUUUUUAUAUUACUUUAGAACCGAAAACUGGCAUUCCAUUAGACGUGGCUGCAAGAUUACAAAUAAAUAUUUUAUUACAACCAUUCGAACAUGUAGCAUUAUUUAGAAAUGUACCAAAAUUAUUUAUACCGGUACUUUGGUUUGAACAAAAGGCAAGAAUUUCACCAGAUAUGGCAAACGAUUUAAAACAACUGUUAUCGAUACCAGAAAUUGGAUGCUACGUAAAUUGGGGAAUGCUUUCAUUUGGAUUACUUAUUUUACUUAUAGUUAUAUUAAACUUCUAUAUUAAUUAUAAAUCAGAAGAUAAGGCAGAGAAAAUGAUUUCUCGUUGGGGUCAAAAUGGUACACAUAGACAGAUGAUAAAAACUGGUGAAUUACCAACGGCAAAUGGUGUAAAAUCUGCCAGUAUUUACACUGAAUGAAGUACAACAUAAUUUUGAUAUAAUUCCUUUUUAGAAGAGACGAAAAAAAGACAUUUCGUUAAAGUUCAAAUUUAUGAUGAAAGACUUAAACCAAAAAUAAGAUCUGUUUAGAAUUAUCGUUAAGUUUUUUACUAUUCAUAUUUAUUAUUAAAAAAUUUUGUUAGUACACUUUUUACGAUUAUCGGUAGUUAACGAAUAACAUAGAAAGAACUAGUUACUUUUUCUUCCCAAUCAGAGAGAACCAAAUUCACGUUUUCUCUAAGUGAUUCAUGGAAACAAUUACAUAAAUAUUUACGAAUUAAAAAAAAUAGAAUCGUAUUAAGAAAGCUUAUUGUGAAUUCAGAAUUAUGUUUUCAAAUUCGACUCAAUCCCGCCCUCGGGUAUUGGGUAAAUCAGAAAUAUGCAAUUCAUUUGGUCAUGAAUAUGCUUUUGAUUACAGACUAGUCAAUUCCAAGGUCUAUUCAACACAGUUGUAAACAGUGGCUGGUUUAAGAAAAAAGAUUCAGGGGUCUAAAUUUAUAAAUAGGGCGGUUUCUUUGUUUUUGUUUUUUAAGGUUCGUUAAUCAACUUAGUGCCAUCUUGUGGAGCCCUUUCCUACAAAUUUUCAUUCCACCCCUUUUUUGCUUCUCUUCCUUAACGAGCUUGGUGCCCCUGUAUGAAAAUUUGCUUUUUACCUCCUUUUAGUAAAUGCCCUUCGGACCAAUUUUGGUGCCCUCUUUCAAUGACCUAAUGGGUAACUGCUACUUUGCCAUUCCUUAAAUGCGCCACUGUUGAUAAAUUCAAGAGAUUGCUGUAGGUGCAAUUGUAAAAAAUACAAUGUAUUAUAAGUUAUAUAAAAACAAGUGAAAACAAACAAUUGACUGAGUUAAUUGUUGAAAUACCAUGUAUAGACAGUGUUGAUGACGUCACGUAAUUAAC